AUGUCUGCUGCUUCUUCUCUUUCUCCUUCUCCACAUCUGUCUCGCCUACGCACGUUUCUCCCCCUUGUGUUCCUCAUCGUUUUUGUCUGUUCUGAGCAGACAUGGAGAGGAGGGGCGGCAGCCAGGUCGGUCGGGUUCUCACUGUCGUCAGUACGGCAGCGCUUUGUGCCCGUCCUCUCGCCAGCGUUCAGGUCCCCUAUUGUUCUUCGUUUCACUAGGUCGACGACAUUUGGUACACAGAAGUCGCGAGUGUCUGACGGAAAGGCAGGCACUCUGGCCCAGAGUCAAGGAGCAACACGAGACCAAAGGGGAGAGGAAGACUAUCGGAGAGAGGGUGCCGACGAGUCGCUGCGCUCCACAUCCACCAAGGUGAACGCGACGGGCCCUCGGCACUCCCCGUUUUCCUCGACUUCUUUCUCUCCCGGUCCUCUCCCUCUUCAUCGGCUCGUGAAAUGUCCUUGUUUUAUGUCGCCGUCUUGCUGUCUCAAAAACAGUGUUGGCCUUCUUCAGGCAAACACACAGAUUUUCCCGUUCGCUUUUCUUCGCCUUUCGUGGCUGUCUGGCGUUCGCGCUGCUCUCUCUCUCCACUGGUCGUCGUCUCCUUCGGCCUUUUGUAAUCCUUCUUUGCCAGCCUCUUCGUCUUCUUUUCCCCCUCUGUUUGCAUGCGCCUGUCGCCUGCCGCGCCGCUUUUCCCUGUCCUCCCUGUCUCUUUGCCCGUCGCAGAUUUCCCGUUUUUCUCCAGGUUGUGGCGACUUUCCUCUUCUGCCGUCACGCCCUCUCUCCCGUUGCUCGUCUCCCCUCUAUGCUCGAAAGCCGAAGCCGAAGGCAGAGAAGCGCGCCCGUAAUUUCCAGCGGGCCUUCGAAGAGCGGGAGAAGAACGCCGCUCGCGAAGCCAAGCGCCGUCUUCUGCUACAGCGGGAGUGGUACAAGCAGCAAGAGGCAGACGAUCGAAAACGCGAGGAAGAACGCCGCGAGUUGGCCAAGAAGGACAUUCCGGUGAGAACCCAGGGUACCGGUACACCUGGGGCGCCCUCACCCUCGAGUGUCUCCACGGGAAGUCGAACGCUCACCGAGCUCGCGCAGCAGGCAAUCUCGACUUCCGGGCAAGCGCUGAAACACCGCGAGAACUGGGUCAUCGUCGGCAGCACGCAGCGGAGAGCCCGACGGCGAGACCGCCUGCCGUACAGCCAGAGAGAUUUCGUGAAGAAAGUCUUCACACACUUGCCCGAGGACGAACUCGAGAAGGAAGUCCGGAAGGCCGAGAGAGCCUGGCGAGGCGACAUGCUCCUUGACGAACUCGAAGAAGAAAUCGGCGGACCCGAUGCCUUAGCUCCCGGAGGCGGCGUAGGGGGAUUCGUUCGGUAG